GGUGGAGGUGGAGGUGUCCUCACUGAGCUCCGCCUCCUGCAGAGAUAAUAAAAACACUGCAGCUGCUGCGUCUCAGCACUUUGAUUCUUUUCCUCACCUCGACUAGUUUCACCUGUUUCUAUGAUGGGUGACUCAUUCAUCAUAGCGAUAGACUUUGGCACCACAUACAGUGGAUAUUCCUUCAGUUUGACACCAAGAGGGAAAGAUAUUGAUCCAUAUUUAAAGUGCUGGGGUAAAGAGUUUGGAAAAGAGACACCAAAGACUCCAACCUGCAUCCUUUUUGAUGAGCAUGGAGAAUUUAUGAAGUUUGGUUAUGAGGCUCAAAUGGCUUAUGUUAGAAUGUGUGCUAAGGAAGCAAGGAAACACUUCUUCUUUGAAAACUUCAAGAUGUCUCUCUAUAACAGAAAACUCAACCGGAAUAUGACAAUUGAAGCUGCAAAUGGAAAGUCAAUGAACACCUUGAAGGUUUUCACUGAAGCUUUGCGUUACCUCACAAAUGACGCACUGGAAACCAUCACAGCAAACACAGAAGGGAGGAAGUUUUCAGCUUCUGACUUCACCUGGGUGCUGACUGUACCUGCGAUCUGGGAUCCUUCAGCUAAACAGUUCAUGAAAGAAGCUGCAACUCAGGCUGGUAUUGUGACCGACAAAACAGAAAAGAAGUUGGUCAUUGCACUGGAACCGGAAGCAGCUUCAGUCUGGUGUAAGAGCCUACCAGCUCAAGGUUUCAUAACAGAAAAUCAUGGAGGAGACAAACUAGACCGAUCUCCAGGAACACAAUACAUUGUUGUCGACUGUGGAGGUGGAACUAUUGACAUAACUGUCCAUGAAGUCCUGGAUGGAGGAGCCCUGAAGGAGCUGCACAAGGCCUCUGGAAAUGAUCUGGGUGGACAAACUGUGGACAAGAAAUUCAAAGAGUUCCUCAGAGAAAUCUUCUGUCAUGGUGUCUGGGAUGAGUAUGAAAGAAAGUAUCCCAGUGAGGUUCAGGGAAUGAUGCAUGAGUUCACAGUUUUCAAAAGAAAUUAUGACGAUGUUCAGAUCACUUGCUCAUAUAACCUGGGAUCAUUGGCUCAGAGAAGACACAGAAACAUGGAAAAGUUCUUUGAAACAGUGGAAGGUGCAUCCUGGAGUCACGGGUCAGUCAAAAUCUCAAAAGAGAAAAUGAGGUCUUUCUUUGACGAGAGUCUAAAUGGCAUCACAGAGAGUCUCAGAGAAAUCUUGAACAAAGACUUGAGUAUUGAGUUCAUCUUGUUAGUGGGAGGUUAUGCUGAAAGUGAGAUUCUGCGUCAACACAUCAUCAGUAAUUUUGGUUACUUUAAAGUUCUGUGUCCUUUUAGGGCUCAAGAAGCAAUUGUGAAAGGAGCUGUGAGGUUAGGCAGAAACCCAGAGGUGGUGGCAUCCCGGAAAAGUGCUUUUACUUACGGGAUUAAAACCACUGAGAGGUUUGAUGAGUCCAAGCACAGGGCAGAAAAGAAAUACACAAACAAAAAUGGAGUGUGGUGUAAGGACAUUUUUAAGAAACUAGUGGAGAUUGACGAGGAUGUUGGUUGGAAUGAAUCCAGAGAGUACAUCUUUCCCCCAGCAGACAAAGAUCAGAAAUGUAUGGGGUUUGGUUUUUUUCACACACAAAGAAAAAAUCCCCUCUAUGUGGAUGAGUGGGGGGUGAAGAAAAUUGGCUCUUUCCUCGUUGACAUGCCUGACACAACACGUGGCAUGGAUCGUCAAGUCAAACUUGAAAUUAAGUUUGGCUUCACAGAAAUGACAGCGACUGCCACUGACAUGGAAACAAGGUCAACAGUAUCAAUCAAGCUCGAUUUCUUGGCUAAAUCAUAAGAUGUUUAAGAAAACAAGAAAAAAAAUGUUUGUAGAUGUUUAAGAAAACAUCAAAACUCCAGCUGUUACCUCAGCUCAGUCUCACAUUGAUGCAUGUAUUGUAUUGUUUACCAUCUUUUUGUGACACAUCACAACUUUCAAAUGAAUGUAUUUUAAACAGAAACGUAUUUUCUGAAUGGAGUUAUGUUCAUUCAUCAACAGCAGAAUCACAAGGGGGUGGUUGGGGUGUGUGGAAGAUGAACAAAGCGAUUGACUGUCAAACCCAGAGUCCCAUCUGUGGUUCAGACUAAAUCUCUGGUUUAGGUUCAGUGUAAAUAAACAGGCUGUGUCUGAAGUCACCGGCAAGUAAAAACUUAAGGUCUGGGCUGGGGAAUCAGAAUAUUGUCAUUGUACAGCAAAAGUUUAUUUGUUUAUUAUAUAAUUUAAAUAUACAGCUAUACACUAUAACAUAUCUACAACAUAGACAUAAGAAGUAUGGCACAGAGAAGAAUUUAUUGCACAUUUAUUGGAGUAUUUCACAGAGGUUGAGUGCAGAUUAUCAGGUUUUGGCAGCAUUUAGUGUGAUAAUGGCCCUAGGGUAGAAGCCUGUUGGUUUUUGACCGGUGGUCCUGAAGCACUUUCCACAGGACAACAGAACAGAGGGUGUCCCAGGGGGGACGAGUCCCUGAGGAUGUUUUGACAUUAAAAUUAAUCUUGUUUGACAUUUUUAUCAGUUUCUCAAUUUAAUUCCCUGAAAUCACAUAUGACAAGGGAAAAAUAAUAAUAAUAAUAAAU